CCAUCUUUUCAAGUAUGAUUGUUUAUCAAUAGUGAUAUCAGUAAAUAAUUGUUUAGAUAAUUGUUAACAAAAGGAGCUAACCAUGCUGUGUUUACUUAACAAUCAAUUGCUGUGAUGGCUUCAUCAAUCAACAGGUUAAUCUCUCGGAGCUUCAACAACUUAAGGCUUUACCCAUCUCCAGUCAAAAUCGUUGAGGUUGGACCUCGAGAUGGAUUACAGAAUGAGAAAAAAGUGAUCGAAACGUCUACAAAAGUGGAUUUAAUCAACAGGUUGAACAAUUGUGGUUUGAAGGUGAUUGAAGUUACUUCAUUUGUCUCACCAAAAUGGGUACCUCAGAUGGCUGAUAAUAAACAAGUGUACAGUCAAAUUGAAAAGAAACAUGAUGUGAGUUAUCCUGUUUUGGUGCCAAAUCUGAAUGGAUUGGAAAAUGCGAUCAAAUCCGGUGUCAAAGAGAUUGCUGUUUUCUCUGCAGCUACAGAAGCUUUCUCAAAGAACAAUACUAAUUGCUCUAUCGAAGAGGGUUUUAUUCGAGUUGAAGAAAUAAUGAAAGUGGCAUUGAAAGCAGGCCUUAAUGUCAGAGGAUAUUUGUCUUGUGUCAUUGGCUGUCCAUAUGAAGGUCAAGUUGAUCCCGACAAGGUUACUCAAUAUGCACAACGAUUGCAUGAAAUGGGAUGUUAUGAAGUUUCUCUUGGAGAUACAAUCGGUGUUGGAAAUCCCGGAACAAUGGAAAGGUUAUUAGAAAAAGUAACUCGUCGCAUUCCGUUGGAUUGUUUAGCUCUUCAUUGCCAUGAUACUUUUGGAAUGGCUUUGGCCAAUAUCUAUACUGCUCUCCAAUUUGGUAUUUCAACAUUUGACUCGUCAAUCGCCGGUCUCGGUGGAUGUCCAUACGCUCCAGGUGCCACUGGAAAUGUAGCCACGGAAGAUCUAGUUUAUAUGCUUCAUGGUAUGGGCAUUGAAACUGGAAUCAAUUUUGAUAAUCUUGUUGAAACAAGUUCAUUCAUCUGCUCUAUCCUCGGUCGGGAAUCUGCUUCCAGGGUAGUGAGAGCUUUGCGUGCCAAAAAUUCCAAAUGCUGACGGCUUGAUUGUUCAGUGUUGUAAAGAUUUGAUGCUGGAAAAUGCAAUUUGUUAGCGAAUGAACCAACAACCCCGCAAAAUAUUCUUGUAAAUAGCAGCUAAAUUGUAACUCAAGUUCAAAAUUGUUAUUCUUUUGGGAAAGCCUUGAACCCCUAACCUAGAACGAUGAUUAUUUUAAAUCAAAACUCAAUUAUACUUUUUUCAAUACAUUUUAAACAAUUGAAUGGUCACUUUACUAAUAAAUUAGUAAUAAGUUUUGUUAUUUA